UGUUUUGUGCUUUGGCUACAGCUGUGCUUUGUUUUUGUUUUGUUUUUGUUCACGUCACAUGAGCGAUCACGGGAUGGUUUGCUCUGUCGAAACACAGGAAGCCGUCUGAGGAAUAAUGGCUAUUCGACAUUGUUAGUGUGCAGUUCUGGAGCAGUCCGGCAGUAGGAGCAGUCUCGUUGCCGCAGACGACGAUGGCUGACGCAUUGAAGGAGAGUCUCCGCUCUAAGAUUUACUGUGCCGCUCGCGAGGGUCUCCCGGUGACUCUGUUUGCCCUGCUGGCCAGUGUUCCGAAAUGCGACUACCGUGAUUAUCUAGGUGCUCUGAUGGUAGACAAGGAACAAAAAUGCACGCCGCUCCUCAUCGCUGCCCGCAACGGACAUCGGCAGGUGGUGCAGACGUUGCUAGAAAACUUCGGUUCCUCGGUCGGACUGGAACAGGAGGGCACCGUCCAAUUCGACGGAUACGUCAUCGAAGGCGCAACACCUCUGUGGUGCGCGGCUGGUGCAGGGCACCUGGACAUCGUCCGCAUACUCGUCCUGCGCGGUGCCGACGUCAACCACCCGACGCGCACGGUAUCGACGCCGUUGAGAGCAGCCAGUUUCGAUGGGCGGCUGGACAUUGUUCGCUUCCUCGUGGAGCAUGGUGCCGACAUCCACAUAGCCAAUAAGUACAACAAUACUUGUCUCAUGAUCGCCGCCUACAAGGGCCACUUGGACGUUGUGCGCUACUUGCUGUUGCGGGGUGCCGACCCCAACGUUCAGGCGCUCUGUGGUGCGACAGCGCUACAGUUUGCUGCCGAGCACGGGCACCUGGACAUAGUGCGCGAGCUUUUGGAUGCGAACGCCCGCGUGUUGGCCAACGGGAUCGGCAUGACGCCGUUGCUGGCAGCCGCAGAGCGCACGAAGGCCGAAGUGGUGGAGUAUCUCGUCAAGCAGCCGUGGUGCACGCGCCGUGAGAAGAUCGACGCACUCGAACUACUGGGCGCGUCGUUCGCUAACGACAAGGACAACUACAGCCUGGAGCGAGCUUUCCGCUUCCUCGAGCUGGCGAUGCGGGAGCGCGAGUGCGAGCCCCGGCUGCCGAAAGAGCGAGGCCCAGUGGUGGCAGCUUACGACUCUCGCGUCGAGUGCGCCACGCUCGACGAAUUGUACAGCAUCAGGGACGACGCGCACGCCCUGCACAUGGAGUCCCUGGUGAUCCGCGAGCGCAUCCUGGGACCGCACAACCCGGAGUUGCCGCAUCCCGUUGUCUACAGGGGUGCAGUGUUUGCUGACAGUGCAGCAUUUGAUCGCUGCUUGCAACUGUGGCUGCAUGCUCUUCGGCUGCGCUCAGCUGCCAGGCUUCCUUUGCGCAAGGACCUACUCCGGUUUGCCCAAGUUUUCAGCCAGAUGCUGCAUGUCGGAGUCGAAGUGCCACCAGGAGCAGUCGCCCAGAUUUUGUCGGCGGCCAUUCAUGAACUGGAGUCGGGUUCAGAUGAGGACAAUGAUGCCAAUAUGCUGACUUCCCUGUACCUGUUGGUAGUGGUGAGCCAGCUCCAUUUCAUGUCGGCUAGUCAAGAGCACGAGCUGAUGAGGCUCAUCUACCGCCUUGUCCAGUUGGGCCGGGUAACUAGAGAUGGAUGCACGCUGUUGCACCUGUGCGUGAGUGCCGACACACCCGUGGACGAUUUCCACACCAAGAACAUCUGCCACUUUCCGUGCGCUGACACCACUCGGCUGUUGCUUCGUUGUGGCGCUGAUCCGAAUGCAGUUGAUGCCAGGCGCAACACGCCCCUACAUGCCAUCGUCACAUACCAGAAGCCAAUCAGUGACUUUCUUACGCUGCACUCCAUCAUUGUGGCCCUCAUCGAGGCAGGAGUGCAUGCCGAUGCAACUAACGCGCGUGGAGAGACAGCAGUGGAAGCAGCUACAACGGGUGUUGCAGAGGUGAUCCUUCGCACUCAGACCCAAGUGACCCUGCGCUGCUUGGCCGCACGUGCUGUGGCCAAGUAUGGACUGUGUUAUCGGGCAGGCGAGAUCCCGCGGUCUCUUGUCCAGUUCGUGGAAAUGCACGGUGGUCGAACACGGCCCCUGCCACGGCCUGGGGCUGACUGAGCACCACAUGGUGCAUACGUGGUUUGAAAGUUUUGAAAAAAAGAAAGAAAUAUGCUAUACACUGUACUUUGAAGUGGGCAACAUGUUGUUCAUAAAACAGAACUUCUGCUGCUUACCUCAUUAAAUUUUGCUCCACUUAUCACUUUCCAUUCUGUUCUCUCCUCUCAUUGGCGAUCAUUUCACUUCAUGACAAAGUGGUCCAGGUUGUUCAUGAUACCCGGUGUUGAACAGGGCUUGUUGAAGAAGCAGCUGUGUGGUGUAGCUGUGUUAGUAAAAGCCUAGCUACAUGAAGUGACAACUUUUACUGAUGUAGCUAGUGGUGCAAAUAUGCAACAUCAAAAUGCUAGACUGUUACCUGGCGUGAAGCUUGGUUAAACCUAGCUUGGCUUAUCAAAUAUUUAUCCAGACUGGUAUACUGCCACUAGCACAUUUGUGUGUUUCAAGUCAGCUAAAUCGCCUUCUAGAUAUGUUUUCAAGCUGCAAAUGUAUUUUAGUACUCUGAACUACAAUGUAUGUAAGUAACAACACUGUGAUGCCUACAUAAAAGACAGCCCUUCAUAGGCUCUUGUUUAUUCUCAUAAUAUACAUGUUAUAUUUUCCUGCAAUUGUUAAGGGUAUCAGCCGCUCUUUGAAGUGAAACUUGGGUGGCUUAAAGGACAUGGGCACGAGGCAGGAAGGUGAUGCCUCUUUUCUGUGCAUAAUAGUAUAACAUUAUCGUAUUUGACAUGUGCUGCUUUCUGUUGUAAUUUUUGUCCAUUUCACAUAUUAAACCAGUGAUGCAGAGUAUUUAUUUCUUCACUGUUGAACAAGGCAGAAAUAUUUUUUUUCAGUAUGUUAUUUAUUUAUUCUAUUUUAUUGCUGAAUGUAAGCCACAUGUUGCUAGCCAAUCAAAUGCUAGUUUAUCUUUGUAUUUCCUUCAUUCUUUCUUUGGAGGUCCUUUGGCGCGUGCUGGAUUUUUGUUGGGUCCCUGUGAUUUUGUGUAACGGCAUUGGGAUGCUGUUCGUGUUUCUGUCAAAUCAGAUUCUCAGCCCGAUUGUGAAGUUCAUUUGGUUUGAAUGCAUUGCGACAUUUAGGCUGGUGUGAUAUCCAAAAAGUUGUCGCUUCAUCAAGCUUGUGUUGCAGUGUGUAAUGUGUAGUAAUUAAAUAUUGGAUUCUUAGCAGCUGUUAACAUUGACUUCAAAAUAUUUAUGCUGUAAUUAAACGAUGAAAUCUCAUUGCUUUAUGUGAUUAUGCAAUUAUGGUUUAAGAGCGGGGGACAUACUCUCGUUCCAUCACAUUCGCCUUUGUGCAACACAAUUUCAGGCGUGACACCUCAAGGCAGUGAUGGGACAGCCUGUAGGUGUACUCCAGGGUUACACGACAGAAAUGGUGAUGGUGAUAUAUGGUGAUGGGGUGCGUGCCAUUCUGUUCAUCACAUUCAUUACUACUUAUCUUGAACCAACCAGCACACACACACACACACUCACGCACUCACACACGCAAUUGCUGAUAUGUAUUCCCAAAAGUGGCCAUUGAAAAACAUGACCCGGUGAAUAUAUUCAUCACCGUUUUCCCCCUUCCUUUUUCUUUCUGUAGUUGCAUUUUUUAUCCUUCCUCCUCCUUUUUGCAGUACAGUCUAGUCAAGUGUAACAAAUGCAAUAAUUCCCACAAGAAGAGGUUGGUAUAUCAGUAGUUUGUUAUAUUUUGGCUCACCAUAUCCGAAGUCAAAUUUGCAGUGUUACCAAUAUCUUGGCCUUAUAACUAGUAGAUUGUUCUUCCUGUACAUCGUAACCCAUUAAUUGAGCCAAAGUGUGUUUGUCUGUAUUAGGCUGGCACAUUAAUCGCAGUGAAAUAAUGCAUGUUAUACCAACUCUCACAUGCUGUCUAAGCACAUUUUUUUUUUUAUUUGAAGCCAUGGAUCAGCUAAGUUUCUUAGUUAUUCUUCCGCUAUGUAUAUUUCUUUUGACUCAUAUUAUAUGAGUCGUUCUUGCAUUGUGUCGCACAGCAUUUUAGUUAAUGUCUUCUUAUCUCUGAUCUUGAAUAGGUGUACCGUAGCACAAUUAAAAGACAGGACAAGAGAAGACACACAGGGACAUGCACAGCGCUAACUACUUCCAACAAUGUUUAUUAUUGAAAACCAGGUCAUGCUUAUACACUCAGCCAACAUGAGUCACAGCCACGUGAACAGUUAAACAUUCAAAACGAAAGGUCUUUAGAAGUGAUAUCUUAAGCCAUGUGCAAAAAUUUCAAUUCUUUUUCAGAGAUAGCCAAUGACAGUUUACUGAUACAGGAUUUCCCCAGGGCAGCAAUCUGCUCAGCUUCUAUUAUAAGUCCAGUCAGUUCGCUCUUACUUCUACUAGUAAUGGUUGUUGAUUCGAAGAGAGGGAAGCACUUAUGCUGCUUACAAUGAAGGGAGAGAAACCCAUCCAAUGCAACUUUGUUGACCUUAUUUUUGUGUUCACACAACCUAUCAUCAUGCAUCUGUCCGACUGCCCAAUGUAAUACUUUUCACAGGAUAAGGGUAUAAAAUAUAUAAUCGAAGUCUCACCAUCUGUAAACUUUUUCCUGUCUUUAACUUGGCAGCUAAGAGCACUUCCUUUCUUUUCUGGUCUUGUUUUCCUGCACAAGCUGAUUAUUUGUUAGGUGCAGAAAAAACCAUGUCAGUGUUACCUCGGUGGGCAAGUUUCUUUAGGCUGUGCGACAACCGGUGGAUGUAGGGUAUAACUGUCGGUCUUUUUUUUUUCUCACGCUUUUCCUUCCGCAUGUUCAGAGGUCCCAAAUUGCUACGCUUGCCUUGGUAUUCCUUCUACAACUGAUACCAGAACUUGACUGGGAUAACCUGCAUCAUGUAGGCGCAUGACUUGUUGUGUGAACGCUUCGUCAAUGCAAUGAUGGCAUGAUUUAUUAAGUACAUUAGUGAAGCACAUUCUUGCAAUUAUUCUUUUUGCCAAUUUAGAAUGGGCUGAAUGAUAUGACAAAUUCCUCUGAUGCAUUAUUCAUACAGAAUCUAAGGUGCUGUAAUUCUUCAGUUAAGGCUAAGAAAACAUAGCCUUUCCAGCCAUAUAGAAAUGUACCUGGAUAUUGACAUCGCUGAAUGCUUGGCCAAAGUUAUGUGGUCAUGCACUUAGCAGUCUAAUACCUGUUCCACAUGUGCGCAUUGUUAAUCACUUUAUUGCUCAAAUUUUUUGUGCCAUGUCACUUUGUGGCAUGUACCUUAAUGUCAUCUGUAAUAUAAGUAGGAUGAACCUUGCCCACCUGGUGCACCCUGUGUUUGUGUAGGACAGUACACUUAAUUUCUUUCAAAAUAGCAUUUCAUCAAGUAACAAAUUACUCUUAAAUCUUGUUGGGUCAAAACAAAUUUAUAUUUUAAACACCUCCAAUCUGACAGGCACCACAUUGUCAGAUGUUAGGACUCAAUAUUAAGUGGCUAGCGUGUUGAAUAAUGGUGGGCUUAUGGCAACUCCUGUGAUGCACGAUUCUCCAUAAAGUAACUAACAUUUCAUUUGCAUGAUAAUGGAAUUUUAGGCUCAUGAACAGAGUUUGUAAAACACUGGUGAGAACGCAAGUUGCUUCUUGGCCAUCUAAUUGUGUUGGUGCAUGGUGAUAGUAAACAUGAACAUUUUGCAAGACAUGAAAAUGUUGCCAUUAGAAAUUUUGGGAGCCUAAGACACUCUAUGCCAUUAACCUCACUUGUGUAGCAUGGAUAUUACUCUCCGGUGGCCUUAACUUGCUUGGUGGAAGGGCUUCUUUAGACGAUGCAGUGGUGGGUGCUAUAAAUAUGGAAUGCACAAUCUGGAAUUACCAGACUUGUGGGAAAUAGAGGGGGCUAUAGUUUUUAACAUUCAAGAAGAAACAUCACAUAUUCAAGAAAAAAAUGUUGCCUAAACAUACUUGUUGUACACUUCAUAGAUAUUGUGUGCUUAUGGCUUUUUUAAUUUUAGUAUUUAGUCUAGUGGUGUGAGCAGAAUGUCACAAGGAUCAGUUAUAAACGAGUUUUUUUUUUGAACUUGUGCACACUGUUCUGAUUAUGUACUGCACAUCACAUUCAUACUAUCAGAAAAUGCAUAAAGAUGCAGGACAUUAAGAUUAUUUGCAGAUUAACUUUACCUGGAGAGGUUUCACUCAGUGUGCUAGUUUUGAAGUCUUAAUCGGCUGUGGAACGUUUUGAAACAAUAAAAUAUGGAUCUACA